CAGAAACGGAAACUAUUUUGUUUAUCAGUGGCUACAUCCUGUUGGUCACAGCUCUUCUUUCAAUCUACUCUGGAACUAUUCAUACUACAAAACAGACUAUAUUUUGUCCCCGCCACUUUGUAAUAUUCAAAAAACUUUGUUGCACACGUCGCUUAAAGCGGUCAGGAGAGUUUAACUUUGAAACAUCUGCCUGGAAAUUCUAUUUAGUUUGUUUUUCUUCCUCUGGAGGGUUCAGUGUUAGCUUGUAAGUUACCGUUAGCCUGCUGCUCUGAGAGCAGUGAUGCUCGCUGACAGAGUUUAUCUUUCUGCGUAUUUCGACUGUUGACUCAAACCCGAGAGCCUUCAUACAUUAUGGCGAGUGAAAACGCCGAGACCAACGCGGGGAACGAUAAUGAAACUGGUCCACCAUCCGAACCAAACGACCACGACUAUGCCCACACUGCGGCCAGUAACUUAACUUCGACGGAGGCGUCUUCCUCCUCUGUUACACCGGCGGCUGACGGUGGAGUCCCCGCGCAGGAAAGCUUUACGACAGCGGCUGAACCCGAGCAUAGCUCCCCAGGGCAGCCCACCCUGCCGGUGGUGCUUCCCGAACCGGCCGUGGGUGCCGAAGUGGACUGCCCCGGUGGAAAUGAUGUGGAGGUGUCUACUCCGCCGAAGUCCGAAGAGGACCCCCAAGAAAUAGAUGCCACUAAAUGUGCUGCUGCCAUCUCUCCUGUAAUGGGAAUUGGCCGCUGGCGUCCUAAGCGGCCGGAGGACAAGAACUGCGUCACCUGUAAGUUUGAGUUCGAGCGGCAGGGCCGCAGGUUCAACCGGAGGGCAGUGUACACCUUCAGCAACCCGGAGACUGUGCAGUGGGUCUUCCCAGACGCCACAGUGAACGAGAAGUCCUUCCUUUGCGAGACCUGUGCACAGGUCAUCAGGAACAAAUGCAAACGCAAACAGAGCGGGAAGAGGACUCUGUGGCUGAAACCGCCUCAGACAAAACGGUCAGUGGUGAAAGACAAGAAUAAGAGAGGUCGCAGGAUGGGGAAGAAGAGCAAAGCGGCGCUGCUGGUGAGCAAGUCCUGCUACAAGUCUGCUUUCAAAAUGCUCUGGUCUGCCAAAGGCGCCCGGAAGCCCAUGAUGGAGUUCUGGAGCAAACAGCUGAAAGAAGAGAUGAAGGCGCUGACAAGGCAGACAGACAGUCCCUUUCAUCAGAAGGUGUCGAACAGAAAGCCCCUGUCUUCCUUCCCCUGGCGGCGCUGUCUGAACUGGGCCCAGGACAAAGCUCCACUCGUCACCACCUGCCUCACCGCGCUGUUCCCCGACAUCACCGCUCUCUCUAAGAGCAGCAACCAGAUGUCAGAGGACCAGGCCCAGACUCUGCUGGAGCGCCGGGCCGUGUUGGCGCUCUCCAUCCCGCUCUUCACCAGGAACAUCUGGAAGAACAACUUCCUGCAGGCCGCUCUCGGGGCAGAGCUGCGCCUGCAGGGCUGCUCUGGCACUGCUCUUGACGCCCUCAACACCAUGGGACUGUGUCAGAACAAAGACACGGUCAGGUUACUGCUGCACAGGCUCCGAAACGGCAAGAAGAAGACGCUAACACAGAAUGGACGGCAGAUGAAAGGAGAACAGAUGUCAGACGUGGAGGAAGAGGAUAUUGAAGAAGAAGAGGAGGAGGAGGAGGAGGAGGAAGAAGAAGAAGAAGAAGAUGAUGAUGAUGAUGAGGAAGAGGAGGACGAUGACGAUGAAGAAGAGGAGGAGGAGGAUCAGGAAGAAGGCGAGGAAAUGGAUAUGGCGGUAGAGGAGGAAGAAAUGGAUGCGGUAGAGGUACAAGUGCAACAGGUAGAGGAGGAAAAGGCAGAGAUGGAGAAGAAGAGGAGGAAGAAGGCGAAAAAGCAGAGGAAGGAGGAGAAGAGGAAG